CCCAAAACCUCCUUCACUACUGUCUCCCUCCCUCCCUUCCUCCCUCCCUCUCUCGCUGUUUCUCCAUUGUUCUCCUUUUGCUCGAAGCUUCUACUUCCUGCGUUUGCUCCUUAAUUACUAGUGUCUGUCCCUUCCUUUCUUUUUCUUCACAAAGCCGCUUCUCAUCUUCGCUUCGACUGUCGUAUACAAUGUCCACCAGGAGAGCAUCGAGUUCUUCGCUGCCGAGGCCAUCGAGUAUAGCCAAGAUCAGCGACGAACAGAUAUCCGACCUCUUGUCCAAGUUACGACAACUCAAUCCUCAGCUCCGCGCCAACCGUUCUGAUAAGGUAUCAGCAUCAAACCUGUUGCAAGAGACCUGCAACUGCAUCAGAAGCUUGCAAAGAGAAGUGGAUGAUCUGAGCGACCAACUCUCGCAGCUUCUGGCUUCAACCGACAGAGACAGUGAUCAAGCGGCCAUCAUUAGGAGUCUGCUACAUCAAAUACAGACACCGGCCUCGUCGUUUCGUCACCGUCAUUAGUCCCGUUUCACGUAGCUGAUCGGUUUACAUAGCUAAAGGUUCGGUCGCUUGUUGCGAUGCUAUACGAACCUAUGACAUACAAUAGAAGGGUUGGUUCGUCUGUACGCUUUCGUGCAACUUUUGAUGUUACAUGUCUAUGUUUUUGCGCAUCUUCCAGGAAGCACAAUAAUUCACUUCUGGGCAUUUCCUGAAGAGACAAGGUUCGAUAUUUUCGUUUACCAUCGAUGGCGACAACUCUUGGAAGCCAAAAUCUUCAUAGAGUUGACGUUUCUUCUAGAUUUUAUACAUAUCUGCUUUAUUUCUCUCGCGAUACGCAGAGAGUGGGGCCUACGUUUGAGCGUGAACUUUGAGAUGUGAACAAUCUCCAGGUCGAAUUGGUCCUGCACAGUG